AACAAUAACAUAGUUUUUGUAUAUUUCUUCACUCUUGUUAUGGAAUUAUUAUGAAAAAGUGUUUUAUUCUUCUACAAACCAUUUUAUUCUGUUCAAAUUUCUUCAAUAUUGCAAGAGUGUUUUCAUUUGUGAUGGACAUGAUCUAAAGUCUAAACGAUAAUAAGGAAUGAAUAAGGAAGGUUUGUCUAAAUUGCAACCAUUUGAGUUGCACAAGAAACUCUUGGAUCAAUAUCUAGGUUACUGCAAACGACGUGACCAACAAAAACGAGAAAAACGUGACAUCGAUGUUGUACAGGAGAAUCAUAAGUUUGUAUGGGAAGAAGAUGAUGAAGCGGUCACAUGGGAGCAACAGUUGGCGAAGAAAUACUAUGACAAAUUAUUCAAAGAGUUUUGUAUUUGUGACUUGAGUCUUUAUAAGAAGUCCAAGGUAGCGAUGCGCUGGCAAAUAGAAAAAGAAAUGAUCAGCGGUAAAGGUCAGUUUAUUUGUGGGAAUAGAAUUUGUAAUGAGUCACAAAAUUUACGUACAUGGGAAGUAAACUUUGGCUACAUGGAACAUGGAGAGAAAAAGAAUACAUUAGUUAAGCUAAGACUUUGUAUAGAUUGUUCAAAUAAAUUAAAUUAUAAACAAAAAAAGAAAGAAAUCAAACGCAAGACUCCUAAAUCAAUUAAAAAAGAGAAGUCUGAAUCGUUGAAACACCAGCAAAUAUCAGACCAUCAAGAACAACCAGAUACCACAACGAGUGAUAUUCUUCUCUCUAAUAAUGUAGCUGUUAAUAAUAAUGUUUGGAGCGAACAGUUGCAAGUAGAGGACGAAAAACCAAGAGAAGACGAUUUCGAAGAUUACUUGGAACAGUUAUUUUUUUAAAACAAAUAAAUGGUUUUUGUUAAUGGUAUUUUAUUUUUAAACUAUAUAUUUAAUAAUAAUAAUAAUUUAUAUGAUUGUGUGCAAACAACAUAAAAAAUUUAACAAUAUAUUACACAAACGUAAGGAUGGCCCUUAAUCUAAUAAAUUUAAUUUAUGGCA